AUGCCCUCUAUCGCUGCUGUACAAAUAUAUAUUGACCUCAGUACCCUCAACGUCAUUCCCAUUGACCCUACUCCCUGCCCCUAUUACGAAGAGCAAAGGUUCGUCAAUAAGGCUGUUGUAGCCUAUGACCAGAUUGUUCUUGCUCUAGAUGAGAAAGAAAGGAUAGAAAGCUUGGUCCAUGCUUUCUAUUUGGGUGAGCUCCUUAAAAAGCACCCCAAAGGCAAAUUACUAAUUUACGGCAAGAAAUACCUCGUCAUUUCAUUGAUGCCUCUCUUCGACUCUACUAGCUCUUUGUGCCCUUAG